ACAACAGACAGAAGCAGUUUCUUCUAAAGUAGUAGACAGUUGACCUGGGUCCAAAGGACCACACGUCGGUAUUUGUCACUGGCUCGACUGUGCACUGUAUUCGUCAUCCCAAGGUUACGGCCGAGCUGCUGUGUGAAGAGCAAAUCAGGCGGCUUAUAUUUAGCCUCGCAAAUGGCGUUCUGUGGAUUAUGUCUUGUGGCUCUCCGGUUUCGUCUUCAACGCCUCUGCCUAGCAUGACGGGGCUGCGGUCCGAGCUAUUCAGGUGAGGCUCAGUGUCAUGUUCUUCCGCACCGGUUCGUCUUCCAGGCAUUUUUUUACUGCACGCUCGGCACACAAACCCGAGGGAUAGUUGCGGUCCGCCAGCGUCUUCCUCCCGGCGUUGAAAAGCUUUUCCCUCAGCACUCGCACCAGACCAGCAGAUCAGCAGCGCCGGAAGUUGUUUCACCAGCCUACUCUUGGCAAUUAUGGACGUCCUGGCCUUAGAGGCAAAAAAUCCAAACGGCUCCGAGCCCGAGAAGAAGAAGACUUCAUCCAGACCCAGACCUAAACCAGCUAAAAAGCCCAAAAGGAUUGUUUACUUUGAGGUAGAGAUUGUGGAUGUGAAGACUAAAGAGAAACUGCUGUUGCUAGACAAGGUGGAGCCAACUGCCACUAUUUUGGAUAUUAAGGCUUUGUUUCACAAAUCAUAUCCAAAAUGGUACCCUGCGAGACAAUCUCUACGCUUAGAUCCAAAAACAAAGUGUCUCAGGGAUGAGGAAGUCCUCCAAACACUUCCUGUGGGAACCACAGCCAGCUUCUACUUCAGUGACCUUGGUCCACAACUCACAUGGGGGACUGUGUUCCUUGCAGAGUGUGUGGGUCCACUGGUCAUCUAUUUAAUGUUCUACUUCCGCCUCCCGUUCAUCUACGCUCCAAAAUAUGACUUCACCGCCAGCAAGAACUGGGUCGUACAUUCUGCUUGCAUCUGUCACUCUUUACAUUACAUCAAGAGAAUUCUGGAGACGCUUUUUGUUCACCGCAUCUCACACGGGACCAUGCCUCUACGGAACAUCUUUAAAAAUUGCGGAUUUUACUGGUGUACCGCAGCUUGGAUGGCGUACUAUAUCAACCACCCGCUCUACACGCCACCACUUUACGGGCAACAGCAGGUGAAUGUUGGACUUUACGUUUUCCUGUUUUGCCAAGUUGGGAAUUUCUCCAUCCACAUAGCACUUCGUAACCUUAAACAGCAAGGUUCAAAAUCCAAGAAGAUUCCUUACCCCACGAAGAAUCCCUUCACGUGGGUUUUCUGGCUGGUGUCUUGUCCAAACUACACAUAUGAGGUGGGCUCGUGGAUGGGCUUCAGUGUGAUGACGCAGUGCCUGCCCGUGGCUCUCUUCACUCUAGCCGCUUUUGUGCAGAUGAGCGUUUGGGCCCGAGGCAAACACCGCGCCUACUUAAGGGAAUUCAAGGACUACCCCAGCCUGCGUUCUCCUAUACUACCAUUCAUCCUCUAGAGCGCCACGUGUACUUUUUUCCUAUCAGGGGCCAUUUUUGUUUAUGUCCCCCCCCAUGGUGGUUCAAAAUGUAUUUGAAAAUGAAUGCAACAAAGCCCAAUUAGAAAUGACAGGUGUCCUUUUUCUUUUCAGCAAUGUUGUAACUGUUUUAACAUUUGCAUGGCAAUCUGCGUACUGUAAAUCUCGAAAGGUCACGGGAUGUACCCUCAACGUUUUGCUGCUUAAAGUCUUAAAGUUUGCGAUAUGCUAGCUAAUGCUAUCGAAGAGCCUCCUGAAGGUGGUUUGUUUGUAUUGAUUAAUUUACCGACUGAAUACAGUCAGCAUGUAACAUGGCUUCAUGAUUGUGUUCACGCUACAAGCUAGACGCUUUCCUCGUCUGUACCGAACAUUGCCAAACAAAAAUUAAACCGAUAGGUCAAACAGG